UUGAAAAGGUCAUAGGUCGGCAAGAUGGCGGACCAUAUGUUGCACAGCGGCUACCAUCACCCAGUUUUGCGGGAAUGGCAGCAAAACGACUGCAAAUUCAACGCGUCCAACCUGAUGUACCCAAUCUUCAUCACCGACGAUGCUGAUACUGUAGAGCCGAUUGCAAGCCUGCCUCUUCAGUCAAGAUUUGGAGUAAACAAGAUAGUGGAACAUCUGAGUCCACUAGUCAAGAAAGGUCUAAAGUGUGUUCUCAUAUUUGGGGUUCCUUCCAAGCUGCCCAAGGAUGACCGAGGUAGCAGUGCAGAUGUGCCAGAGACUCCUGCUAUCUUAGCUGUACAGAAGCUGAGAGAAGCCUUCCCAAGUCUCCUGGUAGCCUGUGAUGUCUGUCUGUGUCCUUACACCAGUCAUGGGCACUGUGGUAUCUUAAGAGAGAAUGGGACCAUAAACAAUGAUGCCAGCACACAGCGACUGGCUGAGGUGGCCUUGGCUUAUGCUCAAGCCGGUUGCCAGAUCAUUGCUCCCUCUGACAUGAUGGACGGUCGUAUAGCAGCCAUCAAGGAGUCCCUGAGGUCCCAUGGACUGGGCAACAGUGUGUCAGUUCUGAGCUACAGUGCCAAGUUUGCCUCCAGUUUCUAUGGACCAUUCAGAGAUGCAGCCAAGUCAGCCCCUGCGUUUGGAGACAGGAAGUGUUACCAGCUGCCUCCAGGUUCCAGAGGACUGGCCAUCAGGGCUGUGGAGAGAGAUGUACGUGAGGGAGCAGACAUGCUGAUGGUCAAACCUGGCAUGGCCUAUCUGGACAUCGUCAGGGACACCAAGAACAAGUUCCCGAACCACCCCCUGGCUAUCUACCAGGUGUCAGGAGAGUACGCCAUGUUGUACCACGGUGCCCAGGCCGGCGCCUUCGAUCUCAAGACUAUUGUCAUGGAGGUACUGACUGGUAUGAGGAGGGCAGGGGCAGACAUCAUCAUCACUUACUACACCCCCCUCCUGUUGGACUGGCUCCAGGAGCAGUAAGGAGACACAGGAACUACGUCUCAUUCAUUCACUCAAUACCUGGUGUAGCAUCUCCUGAGCAUUAGAUGUGCUUGCACACUGAUGCUGAGGCUUGUUGACAGCCUUACAUGCACCUCUUAUAUACAAUUUUGCUUCCAGCUCACAAUCCUAUCCAUGGUCUCACUAAUCAUCACAGAGAACAAUAUUAGAUCCAAGAUCAGGCCAGAGAGAUUUUAACAAAUUUUUGAUAAGAUUUUUGUUGAUUUUAUUUUAAUUUGAGUUGUCAUUGAAAAAUAUUGAUAAUCUAGAUGGAAUAACUAGCAACUAGUAUUCUGCAAUGAGGCAAUAACUGACAUUAAAAGCAAAGCAGGUAUCUUUAAACAUGAGACAUAUAUACAAGUGCCCAAUUAUGACCAAAUGCAAUGAUUGCAAUAAAUAGAUGAUAUAAUCUUUCUAUGAACCU